CUGACUCACGGUAAGAGGGCAAGUUAGCUACCAGCUGUGGUCGGUCAAGAGCCCGCCACUCCAGGCGCGAUGCUGUUCUGGACUGCGCUCAGCAUGGCUUUGAGUCUGCGGCUGGCACUGGCGCGGAGCGGCAUAGAGCGCGGUCCCACAGCAUCAGCCCCCCAGGGGGACCUGUUGUUCCUGCUGGACAGCUCAGCCAGUGUGUCACACUAUGAGUUCUCAAGAGUUCGGGAAUUUGUGGGGCAGCUGGUGGCUACGAUGCCUUUCGGACCUGGGGCUCUGCGUGCUAGUCUGGUACACGUGGGCACCUGGCCUCACACAGAGUUUACCUUUGACCAGUACAGUUCAGGCCAGGCUAUACAGGAUGCCAUACGUGUUGCACCCCAACGUAUGGGUGAUACCAACACAGGCCUGGCACUGGCUUAUGCCAAAGAACAAUUGUUUGCUGAGGAAGCAGGUGCCCGGCCAGGGGUUCCCAAGGUACUGGUGUGGGUGACAGAUGGGGGCUCCAGCGACCCCGUGGGCCCCCCUAUGCAGGAGCUCAAGGACCUGGGUGUCACCGUCUUCAUUGUCAGCACUGGCCGAGGCAACCUGUUGGAGCUGUUGGCAGCUGCCUCGGCUCCUGCUGAGAAGCACCUACACUUUGUAGAUGUGGAUGACCUUCCUAUCAUUGCCCCAGAGCUUCGGGGCUCCAUUACUGAUGUGAUGCAGCCACAACAGCUUCAUGCCUCGGAGGUUCUGUCCAAUGGCUUCCGCCUGUCCUGGCCUCCCCUGCUGACAGCAGACUCUGGUUACUACCUGCUGGAGUUGGUGCCCAGCGGCAAACUGGUAACAACAAGACGCCAACAGCUACCCGGGAAUGCCACCAGCUGGACCUGGACCGACCUCAGCCCAGACACAGAUUAUGAGGUAUCACUGCUGCCCGAGUCCAACGUGCACCUCCUGAGGCCGCAGCAUGUGCGAGUUCGCACACUGCAAGAGGAGGCAGGACCAGAACGCAUCAUCAUCUCGCAUGCUAGGCCGCGCAGUCUCCGAGUAAGUUGGGCCCCUGCGCUUGGCCCGGACUCCACUCUCGGCUACCAUGUACAGCUCGGACCUCUGCAGGGCGGCUCCCUAGAGCGCGUGGAGGUGCCAGCAGGCCAGAACAGCACUACUAUCCAGGGCCUGACGCCCUGCACCACUUACCUGGUGACUGUGACUGCCGCCUUCCGAUCUGGACGCCAGAGGGCGUUGUCGGCUAAGGCCUGUACGGCCUCUGGCGAGCGGACCCGAGUUCCGCAGUCCUUGCGACCAGAGGCCGGACCGCGGGAGCCCUGAACUGCCUGCCUCGUCCACCUGAGGGGCCCCUCUUCCCUAGCCCAGUGAGAGAGGCAUCACUGCUCGUGGUUUUUCUUGUGGAUGGAGGGGUGUGGGGAGAUGGGAUGCAGGUCCUGCCUUUUGACCCGCGUAAUUCCUCCGGUCAUUUCUCCAUUGGUCAUCACCGCCCUUCCUGACUCCCGGGAAACCUGUGGCAACCCUGGCCAGCCUCACGCGCGUUGGCAAUCCUCUCCGGUUGCCAGUGGAGCUGAGUACACGGUGGUCCUUGGGCAACAGGUUGAGGACGUAGGACCCAGGACAAGCAUUCAGGAGAGGAGAUCACAGAGUUUCCAACCUAUGCCAAAGGCUGGGCCCUCUGGUGGCAAGGACUUCACAUGGCUUGGAGGAGGUUUUCAGGACCAUUCAGGUCCUGAAUGAAUGUGGUGUGAAUGAAUGAAGUGGGUAGGAGACAGAGAGGAGAGAUGGCUCAAAGGUUAGGAGCACUGACUGCUCUUCCAGAGGUCCUGAAUUCAAAUACUAGCAACCACAUGGUGGCUCACAACCAUUUGUAAUGAGAUACGAUGCGCUCUUCUGGUGUGUCUGAAGACAGCUACAAUGUACUUAUAUACGUAUAUAAUAAUUAAAUAAAAUCUUUUAAAAAAGGAAGAAAGGGAGGAGAGACUAGUGUAGGCAGGGUUCCCAAAAACUUCUUUAGGAAAAGGAAAGAUAGGGAAGGAUACUGGUUGGCUGAGGAUGUUGCCAAUUAGUUUUCAUCAAGAUUUCCUGCCAGGCUGGAGACCAGGAUUUGUCAGGGUCACUGACUCUGCCUUCCUGCCAGGAACCUGAUUGGGCCCUGCUAUCAGUGCCGAGGAUGCAGUAUCUUUUCACAGAAAUGGGAUGAGACCUAGGCGUUUAGGACCUUGGGGAUAGGAGAGCCCUGUUAUGACAGAUCCUAAGGGAGCCUCAGGCUUUAGUGUCGGGAGCAAGGUGUCAUGCAGGUGGGCUACCUCCUGCCAUCACUGUUACCCUGGGGCAUCUGACAGAUACCCAAGGGUGGUCAGGAACAGGUUUCCUCUCAAGUCCCUAUGUAGACAGCACCUCUCCUCCCAGAAUCACUUGCCCUAACCCAAGCUUACUUCAUUUCUCUUCCCCACUAAUGACCCAGACUCUAACAACAAUACAGUAAGCCAGACAUAAACUGUGCCUGCAGUCUCAUUAAAACGCUUUAUUUUUCAUCAAAA